GCAAAAUUAGUACAGUACUGUAUGUAUCUAACCUCCGAACUAAACAGGCAUUUAGCAGCGGAAGCGUUUCUGAUUUUUUUUUUGUUGUUGCAAUCAGGCGCGCCAAUUUAUAAAGCUGGAGAGACAGGAAGGACGCUAUUAAGAGGAAGGAAAGUUGAAGAGUCGCAUAUCUGUGCCCCCACAGCACCAAUUUUACAGAUUCUUCCUCCCUUCUAGGCAGCUGGAGAAAUGCCUCAAAAAGGGAAGAAAAGAGGCCGGGCAGCCUUGACAGCUCCAAAAGAACCUGCUUUUAAAGAGGCCAGGUCUGAGCUGCAGGGGGAGAGCAAGAGACCCAGAUUGCAGAGAGUCGAGAUGAAAAGCCUUGUAACCGGAAAUGUUGCUGAAACCUCCGAGGUAGAAGUCCGUGCUGAGCAGGACAGAAACAAGAGAGCUCACACCCAUUGGCUAAUGAAAUCUGAACCCGAGAGCAGGUUUGAGAAGGGUGUAGAUGUGAAGUUUGGCAUUGAAGAUUUAAAAGCUCAACCCAAUCAGACAGCAUGCUGGGACGGAGUCAGGAAUUACCAGGCACGGAAUUUCCUGAAGGAUAUGAAAACUGGCCAGGAAGCCUUCUUCUACCACAGCAACUGUAAAGAGCCAGGGAUUGCUGGCAUCAUCAAGAUAGUGAAGGAGGCGUAUCCUGAUCACACCCAGUUUGAAAAGAAAGAUCCUCACUACGAUGCUUCCAGCACCAAAGAGAAACCAAAAUGGUUCAUGGUGGACGUCCAGUUUAUGCGAAUGACCAAGCGGUUCAUCCCUCUGGCCGAGCUGAAACUUCACCACCAGGCGCACAAAGUCUCUGGAGGGCCCCUGAAAGAUGCGGCUCUCUUCACCAGGCAGAGGCUCUCGGUCCAGCCCCUGACAGAUGUUUGCAUUCAUUUUGAGCCUGGAAGAAGAAAAGCACUGAGAGAUGCACUGAAUUGCUACCGCUUUGGCGGAGCUGCUGCAAAAAACAACAACAACAACAAGAACAACCAGCCCAACCCAGUUUGCUCCUGAACAACGAUGUGCUGUUUUAACUGGUUGGAGAGGUGAACUGCGAAAAAUACCAAAGUCCGUUUAUAGCUGCAUUUGUUACCUGCGGCCUUCUGUUUUGUUUACUUUAAAUGACAUUUUUAAUAUAUGUGUGCCUAUUUUUACCUAGGAGCCCAACUUCGGCGGGGGAGGGCGGGAUAUAGUUUAUUUUUAAAAAAUUAACUCCCUGCCAUUUGGCCAUCACAAUAUGCAUACAAAAAUUCCAUAGUUGGUACAUAGUCGAGCGCUGAAAGCUAGUGCAGUCACUGGGUUGAGGAUCUGCACCUUAAAAGUAAAAAGGGGACGGGAUUCACCGCCAGCCAGCCACCUGUCCAAAUAAGGAGGACGUAACAGGUGUAGAACACAUGAGAUGUGGCUAGCAGAACCUCUGUUGCAGGGCAUGGGGCUGGGUAUGCACUGUGCCUUUAAGGCACAUUCUUUCCCUCAAAGCAUUCUGGGCACUGUAGUUUAAGGGUUGCUGGGAACUGUUGACUUUUGUGAGCUCUAAACUACAGCACCCAGAAUUCUUUGAGGGGAAAGAAUGGGCUUCAGCCGUGUUUUAAAGGUAAUACUGCCUCUGCACCGUUAGCUAAUCAGGUUGGUUCUUGUGUUCAGGAGGUGGAAGACAGAGAGGACUUUCUUUUGUGACUGCGCAACCUGGAGCUUAAUGACGGGCCUUUGAGUAGCACCUCUGUAGAUGACCUUUGGGCCAGCGAGCUUUUUGCAAGAAAACGACACUUCACUGUGCUAUUUUCAAAGGGCAGAACAAACGGCCAGACAUAUAAAGCACAGGUCACAUCCAGCUAACGUAAAGACUAGCAUUGGAUAGAACCCAGAGUUAAGUGUUACUGGAUUCCAAAGCACUGAGCUGCAACCCCAUAACAUCUGGAAUGCCUCUGAGUAUAUGCAGAGUACUUUUCUUUAUCCUCCCCCUAAUUACCUACAUCCCACAGGGAUGGGUGCAAGGCUGGAAAUGGAGACUCUCAGGAAACCUUGGAUUUACUCCCCCACCCCACUUUGGUGGUUUUUUUUAAUCGUUUUAGAUGAAUAGAAAUAUCACACGACCCAAGAAAAAUAGCUUGACGCUCAACCUUUGAAAGCCUAGAAUGGCUUCUUUUUUAAUUGGGAGAACAACCUCUCAUCAUUUAAAAAUACAACCAUUUAAAAGACAAUGAAUUAAGAAACAUGUAAACAAUGCAGAGGCUUAAAUUUACAAGUUGCCCAGCUUAAUUCAGUACCUGUGGAUUCCCCACCC